AUGACCGAAAAGUCGAAGAUAUUGAUCAAAACCCACAACAGCACUUCCGACGCCGCCGACGCAAUGUAUAGGACCGCCCGCGUGCUGCAUCAAUCGGCCCGAUACAUGCGACGACAUCCAAAUGCCUCUCGAGUUCCUUCCAUGAACAUGAAGGGCCCGCUUGGAGGUGGCAUGGGCCGAUCCAACGCCAUCCGCGUGCUCUCGGUGUCCACCCUCGACCUCUUGUGCUGUCGUGUCCACCCACUUGACCUGAGGGUUCAAGCGCUUGAGUUCCACACGUUGCAAGACGACGAUGGCCGAUGA